AUGAAGGAAGAGCCCGAGCCGACAAUAAUUUGGGACCGAUUUCUGGUCGUCUUUCGAGAGAAAUACAUACCUCAAUCCGUCCAGGAUGCAAAGUAUGCGGAGUUUUAUCGACUGAAGCAAUGGGGACAGAUGUCGGUGACUGAAUACGAAGUAGAAUUCACCAGGCUAUCACAGUAUGGGAAACACCUGAUUAGCACAGAAAAUCUAAAAGCUCGAAGGUUCAAAGAGGGACUCCACCCCGACAUCCGUGAUGUCAUACUGCCAAUACGAUUAGUUACAUACACUGACAUAGUUGAUCGUGCCAUGAUUGUGGAGAGGAAUGUCAACAGUAGGAAGAAGUUCACUGAGAAGAAGAAGCGUCGUUUUGACAACUUUGAUGGGAAGAAGUCAAGUGAUUUUUCACCCAAAAAACAGAAUGCGGGACCAUCCAAUGUUGGGAGGCAGAAUAACAAUCGGGGCAAUAAAGUGCCUAGGUGUAACACUUGCGGUAGCUUCCACUCAGGAGAAUGUCGCAAAGCUGCUGGAACUUGCUUUAACUGUGGCGAGGGGGGACACAUGAAAAGGAUUGUCCUAAAUUGGUGCGAAUUGGAGCGAAUACGGUACCACUAG